AUGCAGCCCAGCCUGCUGGACCGAAUCAGCAGCGUCACAGGCAACAGAAGCAAGCGCCAUGCCAAGUUUCGCCUUGGGCGUCUUCAGCAGCCGCCCACCGAGUCAACCACUAGGCUUGCGAUCUCGGACGGCGCCCAAGCCAUUGAUGAGACGAAAUCGCCCAGGCAGUCCGAGCCAGGUGCUACUCAAUGCAAAAGCGAAGGGUCCGGUGACGACAUCGCAGACGGUCCCCAGCCAAUGCCAGCACCGAACGAGGGAGACACGCCCACACUGGACGAGCUCCAACAGGGUCCGAACCCAAGGGGCUCUGGCAUCGUAUCGGGCUGGAAGCUCGCUGCUGUUCUGACAGCACUAUCGCUGGCGGUGUUUUGCAUGGCCCUAGACAGCACAGUGCUAUCGACCGCAAUCCCCAAAAUCACUGCUGAAUUCAACUCGCUACACGACAUGGGUUGGUACGUGAGUGCAUACAACCUGACGAUAUCCAGCUUCAGCCUCAUCUAUGGCAAGCUCUACAGCUUGUACCGGGUGAAAUGGGUAUACCUGUCAACACUGUUCCUGUUUGAAGCCGGCUCACUGGUCUGCGGCGCCGCACCCAGCUCCCUCGCCCUCAUCAUCGGCCGCGCCAUUGCCGGCGUCGGUGGCGCAGGUGUAUUCCUGGGCUCGAUGAUUAUUGUCCACGAGAUCAUGCCGCUCCAUCACGUGCCACUGUUUCUUUCCCUUAUUAGCGGCCUCUACGGUAUUGCCAGCGUCGUGGGUCCGCUUCUCGGCGGCGUAUUUACCGACUACGUCAGCUGGCGCUGGUGCUUCUACAUCAAUCUGCCCAUCGGAGGGGUGACGGCGUUGAUCAUCGUUCUGUUCGUCAGGCCGCGGGCCCGAGAUCAGGCCACGGUGAAGAAAACCGUCUGGGCCCAGUUCCUUGAGCUUGAUCCCCUUGGGAUGGUGCUCAUCCUCCCCGCCGUCAUGUGUAUAUUGCUUGUGCUUCAAUGGGGUGGAGCAAAAUACGCCUGGAGUAAUUGGCGCAUCAUCGUGCUCUUGGUCAUGGGGGGUUCUCUGGCGUUGACCUUUACUGUCGUGCAACUGUGGCAGGGCGACAGGGCGACCAUUCCACCACGGAUAGUCCGGAAUCGCACUGUCUGGGGUGCAAUCGUCUUUGCGGUUUGCCUUUACGGGUCCUUCACUGUCUUUACGUACUAUCUCCCCAUUUGGUUCCAGGCAAUCAAAUCUGCCUCGGCAACGCGCUCAGGUAUAAUGAACCUUCCCAUGAUCCUCGGGGUGGUGGUGUGUUCGAUGCUGUCCGGCUGGGCCGUCAGCCGCGUUGGCUACUACGUGCCGUUCAUGUACAUGGCACCGGUGGUCGGCUCUAUUGGCGCGGGACUGCUCACGACACUGCACGUCUCUUCCGGCCCCGCGGCCUGGAUCACGUACCAGCUGGUGUUGGGAGUCGGCACCGGAGCCGGCAUGGCGCUCCCCCUCGUCGCUGUGCAGACUGCUCUCGCCGCCGACGACGUGUCGACGGGCUCCGCCAUCAUCACGUUUACGCAGACGCUCGCGGGCGCGUUGUUCAACUUUGUGGCCCAAAGUGUGUUUCAGAGUCGGCUGGUUCACAAUCUGAAUGCGGCGCUUCCGGGCGUGGAUACGGCGAGGGUGGCUGAUGCGUCGCCGAUGGAGAUACGCAGUGCAAUCGAGCCAGAGUAUCUCCCUCAGGCCCUGGACGCGUACAGUGUAAGUAUUACACAGGUGUUCUAUGCCGGAGCUGCGCUGUGCGCCCUAGCAGUGUUUGGGGUGCUGCCGAUGAAGUGGCUGUCCGUCAAGGGAUCGAGAAUCCAGCCAGUGGCGCAUGCUUGACGAAGCUAAUUCGGUGGCUUUUUCGUUUUGCGCAUUGAUUUUGUUGUCUCCUAUAGC